AUGCAAUUAACAAACACAUUCGCUGCUCUUGCCGCUCUAGUAGCCACCACUCAAGCUGUCCCGCUUUGGUUCACAUUCUAUGUCACUGCUGAACAGACAACCACCCAUUGGGUCACCCAGUACCAAGGUCUCACAACUGCUUAUGGGUUCACCACACAAUUUGGAGCUCCUCCUCCUGCUGGAACAACGUCCACCACCAGCUCUGCUAGAACCACCACCUCCACCACCCCCAGUAGCAGCGCAGCAGCACCUACUUCAACCAGCUUGCUGACUGUCUCUGGGCCUCCACCAUCCCCAUCCAGCACCUCUUCAAGAGCUGCGUCAACCACCACCACUACAACUUCAUCUUCAAGCACAUCCACUUCAUCUUCCUCUGUGAUAACCACCAGCACUACUCCAAGCACUACUCCAAGCUCAACUUCAACAACUUCAACAACUUCAUCAACUUCAACAACUUCAUCAACUUUAUCAACUUCAACAACUUCAUCAACUUUAUCAACUUCAACAACUUCAACAACUUCAACAACUUCAUCAACUUCAUCAAGCUCAUCAAGCUCAUCGAGCUCAUCUUCUUCCCUAGUCUUGUCUACCGUGACUGGCCCACCACCAACCCAAUCAAGCAGCACCACAUUGACCUCAACCGGAACCCCAGUCUCCACAACCUUGACUAGCUCCAGCGCCAGCUCCAGCUCCAGCUCAACUUCGUCAACUAGCUCCUCGGCAGGUUCAGCAGCUACAUCCGACGUUGCAUUCGCUAACGAAAUCUUGGGUGAACACAACCGCUUGAGAGCGCUCCACGGAGUCGACAACUUGGUCUGGGACAACACCUUAGCAGAAUUCGCACGUGAUUACGCCGCCAGUAACUUUGACUGUAACAAUGUCCAAUUGAUCCACUCCAAUGGGCCAUACGGUGAAAACUUGGCGGCCGGUUACGUCGGCGGCGUUGACCCCACCAAGGCCUGGUACGAUGAAAUCAAGGACUAUAACUAUAACGAACCUGGUUACUCAACCGCCACGGGACACUUCACUCAAGUCAUUUGGAAAUCUACUACUAAGUUGGGAUGUUCGAGAGUCAUGUGCAAUAACGCCUGGAGACAAUACACCAUCUGUGAAUACUCCGACACUAGAGGAAAUAUCGUUGGUACUAACCCUGCUACUGGAAAUAACUUCUUCGUUGAUAACGUCCUUCCUCUUGUGUCAAGUUGA